CUCAAGCAUAUGCUGCUCCCUUUCCUCCCUAUGGCUUAAUUUUGCCCCCCUAAACAUGAAAUAAUACUUUAAGCAAAUCAGCCCAACAAAGCGCAUACCACCGAAAAACCGUUUAUAUGUUUUAUCCGAUGCAUUUUUAGUCACAUUAGCGGUCGUUUUUAGGACUCGUCUGCAUUGCGUUGCUUUCAUCCCAUCACUUUUGGAACAAUGGAGUCACUUCGCCAUCAGCGUUUACAGCCUGGUAUCGGAUACGGAGCGAGCGCGACCGGGACCCUUCGGUCCCUCCGGCCCGGCGUAACAGGCACCCUUACAUCGGCACAGGCUUCCCAUAUGUCGGUGUCCGCCUCCCCGGGGCCGCCGCCGCCACCACCGCCCCUUCAGCUCCACAGCCUGGGGUCGGUUAUGAUGGGGAGCGGGUUCGGUUCGUUGGAUAUGGCGUCGGGUCUGGGUCUGUCCAAUCCCACCAAUCCGGCGGUGCUGAGAGAAGCCGUGGACGCGGUGGUCCGGAGCUUUGCAAAACAUACACAGGGAUACGGCAGGGUGAACGUUGUGGAGGCUUUACAGGAGUUCUGGCAGAUGAAGCAAUCACGCGGCGCUGAUCUGAGAAAUGGAGCGCUUGUUGUUUAUGAGAUGGUCCCGUCCAAUAACCCCCCUUACGUCUGCUACGUCAGUCUUCCUGGGGGGAGUUGCUUCGGGAGUUUUCAGUUCUGCCCAACCAAAGCUGAAGCCAGACGGAGCGCAGCCAAAAUCGCCCUGAUGAAUUCUGUUUUCAAUGAACAUCCAUCUCGAAGAAUCACAGAUGAAUUCAUAGAGAAGAGCGUCUGUGAGGCUUUAGCCUCUUUUAAUGGAAACAGAGAAGAAGCUGAUAACCCAAACACAGGCAUCGGUGCUUUUCGGUUCAUGUUAGAGUCUAACAAGGGGAAAUCUAUGCUAGAGUUCCAGGAACUGAUGACCGUUUUCCAGCUGCUUCACUGGAAUGGAAGUCUCAAAGCCAUGAGAGAAAGACAAUGUUCCCGUCAGGAAGUGCUUGCUCAUUACUCUCACCGAGCCCUGGAUGAUGACAUGCGUACACAAAUGGGCGCCGACUGGGUCAACCGAGAACACACUUUAGCUGGCACUAUAAACCGAGAGCUCGCCGCUACGGAGCGUGAGCUAGAGGAGGCACGUCUGGCCGGACGAGAGCUGCGCUUUUACAAGGAAAAGAAAGACAUUUUGCUGAUGGCAGUGGGGCAGUUAGGUGGGUCAAAUACUACAACUCUGCCCUGCACGUGCUGAAGGCCGUGAAGAGGUGUGAUUCGGCAAAUGAUUGUGACAGACCAGCUAAUAGUAAAAUCUCAGAAAUCACUCCAAAACUUAAGUUUUUUACUUGUGAGAAGGCAAAUUAUUUUUAUCAAACGUCAGUGAAUCAUUAAAGGUGAUGAAUAAACAUUGGAAAAAUCUUUAGGGAAGGAUCUUUUUAAUGAUAUGAACAAAUGCAUUUUAACUUGAAAUUAAGCACUAUAUUGCUACAUUAUUACUAUAUCAGUAUUAUCUUUGUGUAAUCGUCAUAGAUUAACUGUAGCCUAUGGACCUAUUGUGUCUUGCAGAAGGGGUUUUAUCUUCAGUAAUUCUGUAUUAUUGGCCACUGCUUUUUCAGCUUACUUGCCAAAUCUCUGCCAAUACAAUACAAGUGCUCUCAGCGAACUAGUACUUCGCUUUGUAGUUCAUCUUAAGCACAUAAACACAGGUUUAUAGAUACAUAGCCUACACCCUUUCAAGUUAUCCAGACUUUUAGUUUACUUUCAAACGAGAACCUGAGCAUAAGUGUUUGCUAAUAAAGCAGUUGUGCUGUGCAGGUUGGAUUUUCACAGAAUGCCAACAAAUUUUCCAAAUUGAGAGGUUUACAGGGAGUACUAUUAAGGGCACAAUGUCAAAAUCCAACUGGUUGUCAGAGAAACAUCUGUUCAUAUUUCACACAGUUUUCAGAGUUGUCCCCUCAUUAUUUUGUCUGUUACAUUUGUGAUUGUAGAGCAUUACUGCUCAUUACAAGACAACAUUUAAUUUCUACCUCCUUACUGAAAGCUUUUGAACAUUCAUCACAUAUAGAUGGAAUUUUGUGCAAAUAUGAGCAAUGGAAAAUGGUUUGGAUUGAGAGUUUUCAACUAGGCUUUUACAAACAGUUGUUUUCCUAAUAACCUGUAUAAUAAUGCUUAUCAAUUAUUGCAAAUCACAGUAAUAAUGCAUUAAAAAUAAUUGUUGGUAGAUGGUAAAGUAUCACUACACAUAAUUAUUUAGUUGGGACUAGGAAUUUUGUUAAAUGGCAUAUUUUGUAAAAGGCAGACCAUUACAAACUACAUUCAUUUUGCAAAGCACCCAUUGUUUGAAUUUUUGUUUGUAUUUUAUUGUUUAAAUAUAAGAAGGCAUGAUUUUCGUAAUGUGUAUUGAAAUGUAAAGUGCAUAUACAUUGCACAAUUGCAUACACUUUUAUACAAAAUGUUUGUCCUUACUCUGCUGUGUUUUUAGUUUUAUUUUUUUACACUUUGGUUUAUCAAAAUAAUUUUUUAAGUAGUACUUAAGAUUGAAUCAAUGCAUGUGAAACAUUUUAUACAUUCUUUAUUUGUUUUGUAUGAAUAGUUUAAAUGCCAUUUUACAUGUUUUAUAAGAUUUUAUUGCAUAACCAAUGUUAAUGUUUUUGUUGUUGAUUUAUAUGCUUUACACUCAAUAAAGA